AUGCAUCCGUGCAAGGCUCCUGGUCCUGAUGGAAUGCAUGCGAUUUUUUACCAGUGCUUCUGGCACAUUAUUGGGGAUGAGGUUUCGGCUUUUGUUUGCAAUAUUCUGCAUGGGAAUUCUUAUCUUGCUGACCUGAAUCGCACGAAUAUAGCUCUAAUACCGAAAGUUAAGGAUCCGAAACAGGCUGCGAAAUUCAGACCUAUUGCCCUCUGUAAUGCUUUGUACAAGUUGAUAUCUAAGGCCCUUGUUCUGCGAUUGAAAGAAUUUCUUCCGUCCAUUGUCACUGAAAAUCAAAGUGCCUUUGUGCCAGGACGUUUGAUUACUGAUAAUGCACUCAUUGCUCUGGAAAUGUUUCAUUCAAUGAAGCACCGAAACCGUAGCAGGAAGGGCACUACAGCAAUGAAGUUAGAUAUGAGCAAAGCCUAUGACCGAGUUAACUGGAGAUUUCUUCGAAAAAUGUUGCUCACUAUGGGUUUUGAUGGUAGAUGGGUGAACUUAAUCAUGUGCUGUGUCUCUUCCGUUUCUUACUCCCUCAUCAUUAAUGGGGGUGUCUGUGGACAUAUUGUUCCCACUAGAGGUCUUCGUCAAGGUGACCCUCUCUCUCCUUACCUUUUUAUUCUGGUAGCUGAUGUAUUUUCUAAGAUGAUUCAGAGGAAAGUUCAGAUGAAACAGAUAUAUGGUGCUAAGAAAAUUAAUUAUGAAAAGUCGGAGGUCUCUUUCAGUAAAGGUGUAGCUAGUGAUCAAAAAACUUCUUUUAUGGGAAUUCUGCGAAUGCGACAGGUUGAUAAGCAUGAGAAAUAUCUUGGUAUCCCUUCUAUUGCAGGCAGAUCGAAGAAAGUGAUCUUUGAUUCUCUGCUUGAUAGAAUUUGGAAGAAACUCCAAGGGUGGAAGGAGAAAUUAUUAUCCAGAGCUGGAAAGGCAGUGUUAUUGAAAGCAGUCAUCCAAGCGAUUCCAACCUAUCUUAUGGGAGUUUAUAAAUUUCCUGCAGUGAUUAUCCAGAAAAUACAAGCAGCUAUGGUGCGGUUUUGGUGGGGGAGUUCUGAUGCAAAACGGAAAAUUCACUGGAAAAACUGGGAAGCAAUGUGUACUCUGAAAUGUCUUGGAGGUAUGGGUUUCAAAGAUCUUGCGGUCUUUAAUGAUGCACUACUUGGCAGGCAGGCUUGGCGACUUCUUACUGUCCCUCACUCUCUUUUGGGCAGAGUCAUGAAGGCAAAAUAUUUUCCAUCAUGCGAUUUCCUUGAUGCUUCACUUGGUUAUUCUUGCAGUUAUUCGUGGCGUAGUAUCUGGAGUGCAAAAGCCUUAGUUAAAGAAGGCUUGAUAUGGAGAGUUGGGAAUGGUGUUGAUAUUAAUAUUUGGGAGGCUCCAUGGGUUGGAGAUGAGCAUGGCAAAUAUAUUAGCUCCCCGCGUCAACCUGAACUUUUGACGGUUAAUCAACUAAUUGAUCCUUCUAGUACGGAAUGGAGACUUGAUAUUAUUGAGGAGGUUUUUAAUGAUCGAGACAAAAAGUGCAUUCUUGCAAUUCCGUUAUGUCCAACUCCCUCGCAUGAUGUGUUGACAUGGUCUCUCUCUAAGGACGGCAUUUAUUCUGUUAAAACGACCUAUAUGCUCGGGAAAGGGUGUAACCUGGAUAAUUUUCAUAAUGCUUGGGUUGAUUUAUGGAGCCUUGAUGUGAGCCCCAAGGUUCGUCAUUUCAUAUGGAAAAUGUGCACUGUUAUUCUUCCGACGCAAGCCUUGUUGUUUAAACGUCAUCUAAUUGAUACGAUGGCCUGCCCUUGGGGUUGUGGAGAGGAUGAAACGGACCGCCAUGCUAUUUUCCAAUGCUCACGAUUCGCUGAAAUAUGGGAUGAGAGUGGUUGCUCUCUAACGCGAGAUGAUAAUGGCUGCGCUACCAUGUGUGAUGUAGUAGAGAAAUGGAAAUCGUUGGAUAAAAAAAUGAUGAUCAAGGGUGCUUUUCUUAUGUGGUGCAUAUGGGGGGAACGGAAUAAUAAAAUCUUCAAUGGAAAAACCACUCCAAACCAUCUGUUGUUGGAGAGGGCGCUGAGAUUAGCUGAAGAAUACGGGAAGUAUGCUGCAGUCGAGGGCUGGGUAGGACUUGGUGUCAUAGCCCGAGAUCAUCUUAGUGUUGUUCGCUUCGUGGCCUUGCAGCGUGUGCGUGCAUUUUGGUCGCCGGAAAUAGCAGAAGCAAAAGCUAUUGAGAUGGGGGUACGCUUAGGGAAACAUUUCGGCUUGCAACAUGUGGUAGUGGAAUCUGAUUGUCAGACAGUUAUCAACCGGCUCCGUAAGACAUCACUUUUCCUUUCAGAUUUGGACAUUAUUUUGUCGAAUAUUUUUUCCACUAGCACUUGUUUUCGUUCUUUGGUCUGGUCUCAUGUAAAACGAGAUGGCAACUUUGUCGCUCAUCAUUUAGCUAAGCUAGUUCCUUUUGGUGUAGAACAGAUUUGGGAGAACCACUAUCCGUCUGAAGUGGCUCCUUAUAUUCUCAUGGACAAUUUGUCCCUUGAUUAA